CUUGUUCCAUUACUGGGUUUAUUCGGCCAUAUUUAUGUCAUAAGUUCAAAUGAUAAUGUCUUCUAUUUGCCCUAAAGUUGUACACGGUAUUUAAGAAAAAACACCUUAUCGCCGUUAUCAGUAGACAUGGCCAUGCUGGAAGUCGGAGUUGUCGUCGCCUUAUCCCUGUUCCUUGGGGUGGAGUCCUGGGUUAAUGACUAUGACAAACCUUUCACAUUCACGUGCCCCUCACAUCAGUCAAUCAACCGGGUGGUAAGUCACCAUGACAACGGGCCAGAGGAUCGCAAGUUCGACUUCCAGUGCACUAAGUACACUGAAGGCACGGAAAGUUGUUUCUGGUCAGAGUACGCGAAUAACUUUGACCAACCAGUCGCUUUCCAGUGCCCGAAUGGUGGCGUUAUGGAUGGCGUCGGUAGUUACCAUGACAACGGAUCAGAGGACAGACGCUUCCGUUUCUACUGUUGUGAAAAACCAGGAAUGUGUCUGUACAACUGCUUCUACAGUGGCUGGGUCAAUAGUUACGACGGAGAUUUGGACUACACAGUACCAGCUGGUCACGUGAUGAGGGGCAUGAUCAGUAUCCAUGACAACGGGGCCGAGGACAGAAUUUUUGAUUUUGAGGUCUGUCUUAUGCAGCAAUGCACGGACUCGAAUCCAGGUGGGGGUACGAUCGGGAAAAGAUCAGCAAACAACACGAGUGGACGUCAUUGAUUGUCUAAAAUCUACUUUAUUUUGGUUUUAUAUAUAUAUAUGGAUUAAUGAUAUAAACGUAUACCAAUGCCC